AUGGACCACCUAGGGUCGCGGGGUCUCCGACCCAUUGCUCCUCGCACCGUGAUGCCGGGACUCACGCCGCCAGGCCAAGGGCCACCGGGCCCGCUCCCACCAGAAGAGCCGAGGAUGAAGAGAGCAUCGACCGCAUGUACAGAAUGCAAACGACGACGGACAAGGUGCGCAGAUGGCAAGCCGGGCAAGCCAUGUUCCGAAUGCGAGACGCAUGGCCGCCAAUGUUUCUUUGAUGAAGGCUCCGACAAACGACGGAAAAUAUCCGCGAAACGCACCCAGGAAGAUUUGCGCUACUACCGUCAGUUCGUCGACUUCCUGCUCGAGGCGAUCCGCACGAGCGAAUAUUCCGUUGUCCAACAUCUCAUCGAGAUCAUCCGCGCCGGCAUGCCCGAGGAUCAGCUGGCCGCCGAGGUCGCUCAUAUCCUAAAUCGGACUCCUCUCCCCUUACCGACCGAUCGUCGAAACACCUCUGAGCCCGAUACCAAUCCCGAUUCCGAGAUGGACCCCGGCAUGGGCAAUCAAGAUCCCAUGCACAAUCUCUUUGGUUACCGGUAG